AUGGCUAACAACAACUGGAAGCAAAGAAUCUCGGUCCCAGUCCUCUUCGUCAUCAUCUUCUGGUUGGUCGGAGACCAUGAUGCAACCCACAGACGUUGUCCAUUUCUCUUCGCUGCUGUGCUAAUGGAGGCCACGGCUCUGAGCAUUGGAAAGUCCGUGCUGGAUGGAGCGCUUGGCUACGCCAAAUCCGCUCUGGCGGAGGAGGUUGCUCUGCAACUUGGAGUCCGGCGUGACCAGGUCUUCAUCACCAAUGAGCUCGAGAUGAUGCAUGCUUUCCUCAUGACUGCCCAUGACGAGAGAUAUGAUGACGACAGGGUUGUCAAGGUGUGGGUGAAACAAGUCCGCGAUGUGGCCUAUGAUGUCGAGGACACCCUUCAAGAAUUUGCUGUUCGCCUUGAGAAGCAGUCCUGGUGGCGUAUCCGUCGCACACUGCUGGAUCGGCGCCGCGUGGCCAAGCAGAUGAAGGAGCUCAGAGCCAAUGUCGAGGAUGUUAGCCAGAGGAACAUGCGCUACCACCUCAUCAAGGGCUCUAGUUCUAAGACUGCAACCACCGAUGGAAAACCUGCAGUGGCUGGUACAACUUUGUCCGGAACCGAUGAAGCAAGGUGGCAGCGGGAUAGAGCAAAAUUUGAUCUCAUUCGAAUGAUCAACAAGACCGACAUUGACCUUAGAGUGAUCUCUGUGUGGGGGAAAGGUAUUGGUGAUCUUGGAGAGACGUCAAUCAUCAAAAGGGUCUAUGAAGAUCCACAGAUACACAAGAAGUUCGAGUGCCGAGCCUGGGUCACUGGGUUGAGGCGACCUUUCAAUUCAACCGAAUUCUUGAAAAGUGUAGUUGAGCAGUUCUACAUUAAUUUUCUUCAAGAGGAGGGUAAAGAGGAAAAAGCAGCUCUUGGGACCCAAGUCCUGAAGAUGAUGGGAAUGAUGAAGAAAAUUUACUUUGCUCAUGAGUUCAAGAAAUUUCUAAAAGAAAGGAGUUACUUCAUUGUGCUAAAUGACAUUCUCACCAUUGAAGAGUGGGAUCGGAUUAAAGCAUGCUUCCCAGACAAUAAGAAAGGAAGUCUGAUCUUAGUUUCCACAGAGCAAAUUGGAGUUGCAAGCUUAUGCGUAGGGGCAGAGAAUGGAGCACCAGAGCAUAAACAAUUGUUUGCUGACCAGACUCUUCAUGUUUUCUACAAGAAGGGUUCGCAAGAUGGAAAGGAUUUGACGGAGGCAGGGUGUAGCUCACAAGUGAACACUGCCAGUAGUGACAGCUCUGCCGGUAGGAAGAUGUUCAAUCGCACAGAGACAAUGCUCGCAGCUUUUAAGGAAUCUCGGCUCAUCGGGCGAGAGAAUGAAAAAUCAGAUAUUCUCAAGCUAAUUGCAAACGAUAAUAGCCGGCAACGUGAGGUGAUCUGCCUAUGGGGAAUGGGUGGUAUUGGAAAAACCACAAUAAUCAGAGAUAUCUACCAAAGCGAGGAACUCGCUGGCAAUUUUGAUAAGCGUGCUUGCAUCACAAUUAUGCGCCCUUUCAAUCCUCAAGAGCUCCUCAAAAACUUAGCUAUGCAGAUGGAAUGCAAGGAUGUGGAAGAUUUGGUCAAAAAAUUAGAAGUGAAGAAAUACUUGAUUGUUCUUGAUGAUCUAUUAUCCACCACAGAAUGGGACGCAUUAAUACCAUCUUUUCCUGCAACUGAAACAUCCAGCCGAAUCAUAGUAACCACAAGGAUAAAGGAUAUUGCUAAGCAUUGUUCCAAGAAUUCUGAACAUGAGAAAAUAUACGAGCUCAAAAGUCUUGGACAGAAUGAUGCACGUGACCUCUUCAUUGAAAAGGUAUUUGACAGGACUACAAAUUUUUAUGAGCAGUAUCCCGAGUUGGUUGAACUGGCAAACUUGAUCCUAAAAAAAUGCAAGGGACUUCCGCUUGCAAUAGUCACCAUUGGGGGCUUUUUGGCAAACCAACCAAAAACUGCGGUAGAAUGGAGGAAAUUGAAUGAACAUAUUAGUGCCGAGUUGGAGAUGAAUCCGGAACUUGGGACCAUAAGAACUAUCCUUAUGAGAAGCUAUGAUGGCUUACCUUAUCAUCUCAAGUCUUGUUUCCUGUAUCUGCCCAUAUUCCCUGAAGACUACAGGAUUGGACGGGGACGGUUGGCACGUCGGUGGAGUGCAGAGGGAUACUCAAGGGAGGUGCACGGCAGGUCUGCGGAGGAAAUAGCGGGUAGCUACUUCAUGGAGCUUAUAAGCAGGAGUAUGAUCUUGCCAUCUCAACAAUCAAUUCGCAGUACAAAAGGAAUUGAUGCCUGCCAAGUCCACGACCUCAUGCGUGAAAUCAGCAUGUCGAAGUCGCUGGAAGAAAAUCUUGUUUUUACACUAGAGCAAGGCUGCAGUGUAAACACCCAGGGCAUAGCACGGCACCUUGCUAUAAAUGGCAAUUGGGAAGGAGACAAGACUGAGUUUGAGAGCACAGUGGACAUGUCCCGUGUACGAUCAGUAACAGUUUUUGGCAAGUGGAAGUCAUUUUUCAUUUCUGAUAAGAUGAGUCUUCUGCGAGUGUUGGACCUCGAAGACACCACAGGUCUUUAUGAUCAUCACAUUAAGCAUAUUGGGAAUCUUCUUCACCUAAGCUACCUUUCUCUAAGAGGAUGUGAUGAUAUUCUUCACCUCCCAGAUUCAUUGGGUGACCUAAGACAACUUGAGACACUAGAUAUCAGAGAUACCCAGGUGAUGAUGCUGCCAAACACCAUUAUCAAGCUUCGGAAGCUACAAUAUCUUCGUGCCGGUGGAAACUCAACAAAUGAAAAUGUCUCAUAUGAGGAAGGAGUGUUAGAAGAAAUUCCACACAUAAUGAGGAACAGGCUAUGCCUCUUGCCUCAGUGCUUGCUGUUUUCUUAUUUAUUAUCUAAAGAUCGUGAUGACUUGAAAAUCCAUGAUAGAUGCACUAUGAUAUGCUGUGCUAUACUCCCUGCUUUUGCGAUGUGCCUGGAUUUGUAUGGUGUUCUAGUGCCUAGAAGGAUGAGGAAGCUUAAAGCCCUGCGCACACUGGGUGUUGUGAAUAUCGGGCGACGAGGAAAGGAUGUUGUACAAGACAUAGAAGGACUCACCCAGUUGUGCAAGUUAGGAGUCACUGGCGUCAAUAAGGAAAGCGGACAAGAGCUGUGUUCUGCAGUCGUUGGUCUGAGGCGCCUGGAGUCAUUGUCAAUCCGGUCAGAGGGAAAGCCAGGUUUAUGUGACUGCUUGGAGGGAAAGUUCUCGUUUUCGGAGACACUUCAGAGCCUCAAGUUGUACGGCAACCUGGUCAAACUGCCGGAAUGGAUCCAGGGGCUUAAGAAUCUGGUGAAGCUGAAGCUGCGGAGUUCCAGGAUAACAGAGCACGAUGCUGCCAUACAAGUCCUUGGGAAUCUACCCAAUCUGGCGUUCCUGCAUCUGUUGGAGAAGUCACUCGAGGGUGAAGAGGUCCGUCUCAAUUUCCAGCAGGGGACGUUUCUGAGCCUGGUAGUGCUGGAGCUGAGCAUGGGACUCGAAGAAAGGCUCAAGUCCGUCAAGUUUGAACACGGAGCAGCCCGGAAGCUUGAGGUGCUCAAGUUUGGUACGCCUAUAUACAGUGGUGUCCUUUCAGGCCUACGAUAUCUCGCGAGCCUCAAGGAAGUUCUGCUCAAAGAUUACUACACUGAUUAUGAACUGGCAUGCCUGAGGGCCGAGCUCACUGAGGAUCCACGUCGACCCAUUGUGAAGCGGGUCUGAUCGGGCUUCAGAGUGAAAUCACGCCCAACAAUCCAAGGCAAGGUAGAAGUACUUUGGUACUUCCCUUUGCGUGGAGUAUCCACCUAUUCGUGCUGGUGGACGGAUCAAUUGUAUUCAAGUCACCGGACAAAUAUGUAUAGGUCGCGCCGUGUCGGCCAGCAGUAUGCACUUGGCCACGCAUGUAUGUGUACCAUUUAUUGGCUUGCAGCUUGUUAGUACUCCUUCGUUGUUCAUCUUGGAGGACCAUCUUAUUUGUCUGUUAAACAGACGACG